AUGGCGGCCACACGCUCGAAAACUAGCUCCGUUAAUAAUCAAAGUUCUAAAGAUACUGAUAUGGAUAUGAUUUCUUUGUCGGUUGUAAAAGAGCUUCUUAAAGUACAAGAAUCUAGUAUUAAAAGUUUUUUGUCAGUUUACAUGGAUAAUACGAACCAGCGAUUAGAUCAAAUUAUUCGAACUGUUCAAGAUCUUAAAAAUUCGCUAGAAUUUACUCAAGCUCAGUUUGAAGAAUUUAAGAAGUCAAGUUUAUCAGUUGGCGAGGAAUCCUUUAAAAAGAUGACAGAUUUCGCAGCUAAAUUUCAAGAUUUCUCAACCAUAAUUGAUGAAGUUUCACUCAAGGUUAAUGAGAUAGAUAGCAAAGCAGAUGACCUUGAAAAUCGCUCGCGUCGUGACAACUUAUGCUUCGACGGUGUUCCUGAAAGCACUAAUGAAUCUUGGCAAAACAGCGAAGAUAAAAUAAAGAAAUUCUCUCCUCCAAAUUGGGUAUUGAGACAGGCAACUAUACCAUAG